ACUUGAUAUUCUGCAACGUAUGCAAAUAUUAUAUGGGCGAGGAAGUUAGCCGAGUCGCAAAAUGUGAACGCGCCCACCGACGUAACGACGUGGAUAUCUGCAGAGUAGAACACCAACCGUUCAGAAUCAUACAAUAUUAAACUCUACAAACUUCGUGCACAAUGAAGUUUACCGAAGGUGAGCAAGUUCUUGCGAAGCAUCCAAAUACUUCUGAAUAUUAUAAAGGGAGAAUUCUUAAUGUCAGAGGUGAUCGUUACAAAAUACAAUUUGAAACUGGCAUUGAGCAUACAGUUCGAGAAAAUGAUAUAAAGUAUGAGAGAGUAGGAAGAACUGCAGUCAGAUCAAGCAGCAGAGUAACAAAAAGUCCUUCAAGAUAUUCUCCUAGCAGGAAGUCUCCAAGUAGACGAUCACCAGCCAGAUCUGGUAGAUCACCUGGAAGAUCGCCAUCGACUACGUCUAGGAAAUUGCCUAUUCGUAGCACGCGUCAAGCUAAAAUAUCUCUCUCACGUAUAGAUAUCGAAGAUAAAAUGAGCAACCACAAAGAAGGAAGUGAAACAAAAUCAUUAAGCCAGAGUCCAGAGACUUUGCCUCUGCAACACCGCUUGAAGGAUAGUAGUACAGUAACGCGUAGAUCAGCACGAUUGUCAAGUCUCAAGGUGGAACAGAUUCAUAAGCCACUUGUAACAAGAAAUGUUGAUAGAGCUGUCUCACUUCCGGUGGAGAGGAAAAAUUAUGUAUCUGAAUAUCUUCAAGAAGAAAAAGAAAGAGGAUAUUCAGUGCAACGAGAUGAAGAUCUGAAAAAAUUUUUGUUGUCGCAAGAGAACGAAAAAUGGGAGAAAAUGAAACUUGACAAAGACAUGUAUAGAGUCGACAAACCGCAAGAAUGGGGUGGUUGGAUCGGGACUUUUUUCCUUAUAUUUAUAUUACCGGCGUCUGUUAUCUUACCGCAACUCUUGUGCUCUAAAGAGCAGUGCAAAUCUGCUUAUGUGAAACUUACUACUGAUUUGGAAUUUUACAUAAAUUUGUAUAGCUUGUUGGCUUAUGCAGCAUUUUUAGUCUUACUGGCUUGCAUAUCGAUUAUACCUAUUGGGAAAAUUGUGGAUGGACAGCACAGUAAAAUCGGAAGACUUCAAUAUCGCAUAAAUGGUUUUUUAAGCAUUAUAUUGAUGGUUGCUGUUUUCGGUAUAUGUGUGUACAAAAAUAUUCCAGUCAGUGAUUAUAUUUUGAAUAAUAUUGUACAGUUGUCUGUCAGUGGCUGGCUUGUGGGCACAAUUUUAGCAUUGGGAUUAUAUAUCAAGGCAGGAAGAGCUCCGGUAGCCAAUCUUAAUAUAUACGCAUCAACGAAUAGCAUGAUAUACAAUUUUUGGCAGGGAAGAGAGAUUAAUCCACGAAUUGGUGCUUUGGAUAUUAAACUGCUGUUAAUACGAGCUUCUCUCAUUGGCACGUUGAUUGUGAAUGCGGCUGUCGCAAUUAAAAUUUUUGGCAAUGUAAAAAGUAUUGAGCAAGUUCAUGCAGCUGCAUUGUUGGCUAUCGUCUUGCAACUGUUUUAUAUUUUGAUGGGAUUAAUAUAUGAAGCUGCUAUUUUUACGUCUUUUACAAUAAUGUACGAAGGAACUGGAUACAUGACAUGCAUCAGUCACUUACUAUAUCCAUUUUUGACAACUCUUACAACAAGAUUCAUAUUGUAUCAGAAAAUAAAACUGAAUUACUUUGUCGGAACUGCUUUGUUUGUAUGCGCCUUGGGCUUUUUAAUAGGAUAUAAACUGUAUAGAGCUAGCAAUUCGCAAAAAGACGAAUUCCGAAAGAAUCCUGUUUCACCGACUGUACCUUAUUUGGAGACUAUUCCUACGUCACGUGGAAAGAAACUUAUGUUAUCUGGUUUGUGGGGCCAUGUGAGACAUCCGAAUUAUUUAGGUGACAUUAUAAUGCAAUGGUCUAUCGCUUGCAUUAUUUUUACAUGUGACGUUCUCCCAUAUUAUGCAGCGAUCUGUUGCAUGUUAACUUUGGCUUAUAGAGCUAUAAGAGAUAAUAGACGUUGUCAGAUGCGAUAUGGAUAUGCAUGGGAGCAAUACUGUUUGCGCGUAAAGUACAUGAUCAUGAAGUAUAUAUUUUAAAGCAAUAGAGUGCGUUAGCAAGGUAAGUAUUUUUAAGUAUGAAAUUAUACAUAUAUAUCGAAGUUUUCUUGAAAAUGCCCUGAAUGCUCAUUAAAUAUCUUAUAGGAUCUCUCUAAUCGUAUAUUUUGCAAUAUUUUUAUUACAAGAUAUAGUGAUAUAGU